GAACUUUUAGAGCUGAAGUAGCUCUAAAAGAUCUUUGCUACUGCUUUUAUAAGAUAAGAUCACACCAUCAACAUGGAUGCAGGGGGUUUUAUGUCAGACCCCCUGUGCCUUAUUGAGAACAACAAUGGACAUCUGGUGGUCAAUCCAGAAGCUCUGAAGAUCCUGUCUGCUAUUACACAACCUCUCGAUGUGGUGGCUAUUGUAGGUCUCUAUCGCACAGGCAAAUCUUACCUUAUGAACAAACUGGCUCAGAAGAUGAAGGGUUUUUCAGUUGGAUCCACAAUACAGUCUCACACCAAGGGAAUCUGGAUGUGGUGUAUGCCUCAUCCUGAGAAGCCAAACCACACCUUAGUACUUCUUGAUACAGAGGGAUUAGGAGAUAUAGAGAAGGGUGACAACAAGAAUGAUACCCAGAUCUUUGUACUUGCAAUGCUGCUGAGUAGCACCUUUGUAUAUAAUACCAUGAACAAAAUUGACCAGCAAGCACUUGAUCUACUGUAUUAUGUAACAGAAGUGUCAGAUCUGCUCAGAACAAUCUCACCUGAACUUGAUGUGGUUGAAAAUGAAACUGAUGUGAGCAUCUUUCCAGAUUUAGUAUGGACUCUGAGAGAUUUCUUUCUAGACUUAGAACAAGAUGGACAAUCUAUCACAGCAGAUGAAUAUCUGGAGAACUCAUUGAGGCCAAAGCAAGGUACUGAUCAAAGUAUUCAGAAUUUCAAUUUGCCCCGUCUGUGUAUACAGAAAUUUUUUCCAAGAAGGAAAUGCUUUAUUUUUGACUCUCCAGCUCACAGAAAAAAACUUGCCCAGCUUGAGGUAUUGGAUAAUAAUGAGCUGGAUCCUGAAUUUGUACUACAGGUGACAGAUUUCUGUUCCUACAUUUUCAGAAAUUCCAAGACUAAAUCUCAUUCAGCAGGCAUUCAGGUCAAUGGGUCUGAUCUAGAGAACCUGGUGCUCACCUAUACCAAGGUCAUCAGCAGCAGAGAUCUGCCCUGCAUGGAGAACUCAAUCUCAGCAUUGGCUCAGAUCAAAAACUCUGAAGCAGUGCAAAGGGCCAUUGCCCGUUAUACCCAGCAGAUGGACCAGAAGGUGAAGUUUCCCACAGAAAGUCAUUCAGAGCUGCUGGACCUACACAGAGCCAGUGAAAAAGAGGCCUUGGAAAUCUUCUUGAAAAACUCUUUUAAUGAUGAGGAUCAAAAUUUCAAAAAAGAAUUAGAGAUGCAACUACAAGCAAAACUGGAUGACUUUAAUAAGCAGAACUUGAAGGCAUCAUCUGAUCGCUGCUCGGCUCUAAUUCAGAGUAUCUUUGGUCCUCUAGAAAAUAGUGUGAAACAAGGAAUUUAUUCCAAGUCAGGGGGACAUUGCCUCUUCAUUCAGAAGACUGAAGAGUUGAAGGCAAAAUACUAUCAGGAGCCCAUGAAAGGAGUACAGGCUGAGGAAGUUCUGCAGAAAUAUUUACAGUCCCAGAAGGCGACGAGUGAUGCCAUUCUACAGACAGACCAGACUCUCACAGCCAAGCAAAAGCAGUUGGAUGAGGAAAUGGCUAGAAAAAGAGCUGCAGAAGCUGCAAAGUUGGCAAACCAGAAAAGGAUUGAGGAGAGGCAAAGAGCCCACGAGGAACACAUGCGACAACUAGAGAUGGAAAGGGUCCGACAGGAGAGAAUAAGGGCCCAACAGCGAGAAGAACAACAGAGAAACAUUGAACGCGCACUCCAGGAAGCAGCUGAACAGGAAAGAAGGAGAAUUGAAGAGGAAAGAAGAAGACUUCAAAUACAGAUGGAAGAACUCCGCAGAAAUAUUCACUCCAGCAGUAGUAGUAGUAGUUGCAUAUUACAAUAA